CUUCUCUGACCAUUAGAUUGACACUUCAGCGACUGGCUACAAAACGAAUCUCAAUCAUAUUUGGUUGACACAUCUAUUUAUUUAUUUCAUUUUCCCUCCCUUAUAUAAAGCCAUGAAUCUACACAAUAAGAUCUAAACUUUUUUAAAAAAAAACAUUAAGCUUUCACAUAAAUCAAUUCCUAAUUAAAAAGAGAAAAUGGGAAGUGAAAUGGAAGAGAAACCAGUGAUUAAGGUCGUUGCUCUUUGUGGCUCUCUUCGUAAAGCUUCUACCAAUCGAGGCAUCAUUCGUGCAGCAAUGAAGAUGUGCACAGAGUCAGAGAUACAAGGAAUGGAAAUGGAAGAACUAGACCUAUCAAAAUUGCCAAUGUUGAAUGUUGACCUUGAGGUGAAUGGCACUUACCCUCCAUUGGUUGAAGAGUUUAGACGCAAGAUUCGUGAAGCUGAUGCUGUGUUUUUUGCUACUCCUGAUUAUAAUUACUCUGUCACACCAAUAUUGAAAAAUGCACUAGAUUGGGCAUCAAGACCACCAAACGCUUGGGCAGACAAGCCAGCAGCAGUAGCCAGUGUGCAAGCCAGCAGCAGAAGUGGGCAAUACCAUCUUCGCCAAAUCGGAGUUUUCCUUGACAUUCAUUUCAUCAACAAGCCUGAAUUCUUUGUGAAUUCUGUUUUACCUCCUAAAAAAUUUGAUGUUAAUGGUGACUUGAUUGAUGAAGAUCUCAGGCAAAGGUUGCUGGAAAUGCUCCUUGCAUUGAAGGCAUUUACACUCCGCCUUAUCAAAGGCAAAUCUCAAUAGCGUUUUACAAGGUUUCAAAUGGGUCGUUCUGAUCAAGUUUAGUUCAAUCCGGCUUGGGUUAGAGAUUGUUCAAGGAUAAACAAGUCUACUUUCAAUUACCUUAUUUUGGUUAAUGUAUUAGUAUCUAUCACAUUAGUUUGCUUUAAACUCGAGAGUUAUGUAAUGUUGAAUGUAGUAACGUGACAAUUGCAUCAUCUAGUACGACGAAUCAAUUUUGAA